AUGCGCACAGUUUACACGCCCAAUCGGCUGUCAAACUUGAUAGCCCAUCCAUUUCAGCCGACAUUUCUUCUGGCAUUUUGGUUGAAGUCAACGCAACAGCCCGGUUGUAGUGCUCCAGCACUGGAACUUUGUAUAGCCUGGUACGAUUCAAGUGAGCUGUUCCGAGCGGCCAGCAAAUCUCGACCUGCCUAUCCAUCCCACUAUCAGCCGAUUCAUAUUGCUAGUUCGAUAGACAAAACAAACUGGUCCGACAUUCGUCCGUUGCUCGAAUCGAUCCGUGUGUGCGGCGUCAGCCAGGAAGGUUACAUGUAUACCGUGCUGAUGAAUUCGAGGAAGCUCAUCUUACUCGAUCAACGGGACGACUGUGAUUUCCAAAACCACUCCGGGCGUGAAUGGAUUUUAUUACGGGUCCCACUGAUCUUACCCAAUUCCAUUGUGACACGAUCACUCUCUUUGGAACCGAAGUGGUUCGGUCCACUGUCCUGGGACAAAACAUUGUGUGCGGAACAAUCUCCAGUCUUGAUGAGUUUGAGCUGUCGAAAGGAUCUGGUCAGUGUGUAUGCACACUACACGAACACGGAGCUGAUUCGGUACGAGAUGAACUUGCAACAAUGUGCAACAUUCACUAGUUGUGCUGUUUCAAUGCGCACUCGAAUUACCAUUCGAGAGGUUUUAGGUCUCUCCUGUGAGGACAAUCCACUGUGGAUGCAAUGCUGCACCAGGGAGCAGUCGGACGACUUGGUUCUAUGUCAUCGAUUUUCAGAUCAGCUCACUCUAACAGUUUCUAUUCUUCGAUUUCCUAUCGGCAAAACAAUGGGUCUGAAUGUGCCUGCCUACCCGCUUUACAUGUUCCCAAUUUCCACCGGGUCUAUUGCCUCCAGUUUGAAAGUGAGCGGAUUGCCAGAUGUGACUGGCGAACAUGUUCUGUUCUGGGGAUCGGAUAGUCAAAAGUUGCAUUUGUACCACUUGAGUCAUACGCCACUCGCGGUUCUACUUGAUACACUGACCUCGACAACUACGGCAGAAUUGGAGUACCCGGGGCGGAGCUCUAUGGCACAGAUUGUUGUACAGCUUCUGGAAGCUGCCGGUGAAACGCAUCGGGACGAAAGGCACAUCAGGUGUUAUCCCGGUUCGCCGCGUUCACUCAUCGCAUGUUUACCGGUGACCAGAUUCUGCAGGCCGAUCCAGUUCACUCUGCCGGAUCAAUUGGAGCAUCUG